AUGAUUCGAAAGGACGACCGCAGCAGCGGCAGAAGCGGCAAGACGAGGAGCAGCAAGGGGAAGCGGCCCGAGGAGGGGCUGUCUGGCUCGCGGACGGUUUCGAGAACGACGCUCGGAUCGGCGACGUCGACGGACUCGCCCGUCAUAGACCGGACGUCCAAGUCGCUGCCUCCGACGCCCGACGCCGAUCACGCCCCGCCUCUGGAUGAUGAUGUGGAUGUGGAAGAGGAGCAGCUACGUCAAGAAGAGAUGGAUGAGAUGGCGAGAGACAAGGAGGCAUUUAUGCUCUCGGUAUCGUCGGAGAGAGGCUUGAGCGCCCAAGAAGCCGUGCCGGUGCCGGAGCAGAAGCCGCCCCCCGGAGAAGGCGAGACGCGCGAACCGGAACUCAGGGCGCCAGCAAACCGCGGUGGCGAGGCUGCGGCAGACAGUCACGGGGAGGGCGAGGACCUCGCACGGCGGAACAGGAACUCGCUGGCGCGCGGAGAGACGGCCUUUCAAGCAGCACGGCUGCCCAGCUUCGGUUGA